AUGACAAAGUUGAUUUAUGAUAUUGUACCAGUGGAUGCAUCAUAUGAAAUUAAGGAGCUCUAUGUAUCUGAAAACAAGCUGGACUUAGCCAAAGCAGAUGCAGAAACUUUACCAGCAUUGCAGAUUAACAAGGUUGAUAUGCAAUGGGUGCAGGUUUUGGCAGAAGGAUGGGCCACCCCACUGAAUGGUUUUAUGAGGGAGCGAGAAUAUCUUCAGUGCCUCCACUUCAAUUGCCUUUUGGAUGGGGGAAUCAUUAACUUGUCUGUGCCAAUAGUUUUGGCUAUGAGCAGUGAUGAUAAAGAAAGACUGGAUGGCUUUACUGCUUUUGCUCUUGUCUAUGAAGGAUGCCGAGUGGCUAUUCUCCGCAACCCUGAAUUUUAUGAACACAGAAAGGAGGAGCGCUGUGCGAGGCAGUGGGGAACAACUUGCAAGGAACACCCAUACAUCAAGAUGGUAAUGGAGAGUGGAGACUGGUUAGUAGGCGGAGAUCUUGAAGUUUUAGAUCGAAUUUAUUGGAAUGAUGGCUUAGAUCAGUAUCGUCUUACACCUGCUGAACUGAGGCAGAAGUUUAAAGACCUGAAUGCUGAUGCUGUAUUUGCCUUCCAGUUACGCAAUCCAGUUCAUAAUGGACAUGCCUUACUAAUGCAGGACACUCACAAGCGCCUCAUUGACCGUGGUUAUAGACGGCCAGUUCUUCUCCUCCAUCCUCUUGGUGGCUGGACCAAAGACGAUGAUGUUCCUUUAAUGUGGCGCAUGAAGCAGCAUUCUGCAGUGCUGGAGGAGGGCAUUCUUAAUCCAGAAACAACUGUUGUAGCUAUUUUUCCUUCUCCAAUGAUGUAUGCAGGACCAACAGAGGUCCAGUGGCAUUGCAGAGCACGUAUGGUAACGGGCGCAAACUUCUACAUUGUUGGCCGUGACCCUGCUGGCAUGCCACAUCCUGAGACUGGGAAGGAUCUCUAUGAACCUUCACAUGGUGCUAAAGUUCUAACCAUGGCCCCUGGCUUGAUUUCUUUGGAAAUUGUUCCAUUUAAAGUUGCUGCGUAUAACAAGACAAAAAAACAAAUGGACUAUUAUGAUCCUAAAAACCAUGAAGAUUUUGAUUUCAUCUCAGGAACACGCAUGCGUAAAAUGGCACGUGAAGGACAGAAACCACCUGAAGGCUUCAUGGCUCCCAAAGCAUGGGAUGUUCUAAGUGAUUACUACAAAUCUUUGGAGAAAUGUUAAGAUUUACUGAGUGCAUAGAAAUCUUUUAACAGUUAAUGAAUUAACCAGGGACCACACAGUUACUGUUCUUACUGCUUUGUUGUGGUGUUUGUCAGGAAGUCAUUUCCUAAAUGGAGACUCUUGCUCAUAAAGCUACUAUCACAGCUUAUAGUCUUAUGGAUUCUAUUACAUACUUGUAAUGAACAAAUUACUCAAAUUACUUUUUUUUUAAUGGAUAGACUUAAUUUUCUUUUUACAGCAGUCUAACAUAACAAGCUUGUACAAUUAUAAAGAUUUAUUUGUUUUACUUUCCUUUAUUUUUAACUUAUUUUUAUUUCAACAAACUUUCCAUAGCUGAUUCUGCUAAGAAUUUUAUCCAAUCUUAGUGUUUGCCUUGUCAAACAGAAUACUGGGUCAUUUUUCCUUUCAGAAUUUUUGAUAUGAUUUGAGUUUCAUCUUAAAUUUUAAUAUUGAAUCCAAAUGCAAACCAUUUAACAAAGAUUAGUAAUCAUUUUAGUAUGUAAAUGAGAUAUUACAAUAGAAGUGGUCCACUCUAUUUAUUUUAUCUACAGAAAGAAUGCUUUCUCAUUUGAAGGCUGAUCUUAUCAAGUUUAAUACCUGUUUCCAGACUUUAUGGGGGUUUGUGAUGUAAGUGAGUUGGGAGUUUAGGACUAAUUUACCAAUGUCAAUAGGUUCAUUAAGCUUUUUAGCUGCCACUUUCUGUAAAUUCUUAUUUAUAUCUUUUUUGGAGAUUCUGCCUAUUAAAUGUAGGCUAAAGAUA